AUGAACAGAACAGACGUAAUUCUUUUGCGUUUUUCAAGCGAACGUGAUGUGCAAGUCACGUGUGAAUUUCUAAAACCAAGCUGCAGCUGUGGUCGACGCACCACACGGCGUAUAGUGGGGGGCCAAAGGGCGUUACCAGGGGAGUGGCCAUGGCAGGCUGGUCUUAUGAUCAAGAACACGAAGCAGAUUUACUGUGGCGGGGCUUUGAUAAACCAAGAAUGGAUCGUGACAGGUGCACAUUGCGUUGCAUACAGAAACGCCUCGACGUUGAUGGUCGUGCUUGGGGAGUACGAUGUUACAAGGAAGGAAGGUAUCGAACUCUUCCGAGAGGUCGAUAUAUACCAGCUGCAUCCUGACUACCACUUACUAACAGCAGACUUCGACAUUGCCCUCGUUCGCUUUAAACCAGCUUUAAGCAAGUUCAGCAGGUUUAUAUCACCUGUUUGCUUGCCAACUGCUAACGACAGUUUUCCGGCGGGAACCAACUGCACUGUCACUGGUUUUGGUCGGCUUAGUGAAGUUGGUCGCCAGGCAACAAUUCUGCAACAGGCGGUGAUACCAAUUGUAUCACGUGACACUUGUCAAGCUGCUUAUCCAGACUACAAUAUCACACCCAGGAUGAUGUGUGCUGGAUAUAUCGCUGGAGGUAUAGAUGCCUGUCAGGGGGAUAGUGGGGGACCAAUGGUUUGUCAGAAAGAUAAGAUACACUGGUACCUGGCUGGGGUUAUUAGCUGGGGUCUGGGAUGCGCUAGGCCUAAGUCAUAUGGGAUUUAUGCUGAUGUAACAGUGCUAGCAUCAUGGGUGCAGUCUGCUUUGAUUAAUUCCACCAUUUGUUCACCUUGA